CCCGGGCCCACCCACCAGCCGGCUCGCGCUCACUUUUUGAACCGCACGAGCCGCGCGCCGUCGUUGCCCCCGGCCGUCCGCGGCCGUCCGCGGCCUCUCGGCCGACUUGCCGGGAGGCGGUGACUUUUUUUCUUUUUUGCUCUUUGCCCCCCUCCCGCCUUGCCCUCUCCCCCUCCCAUGCUCUUCCCUCCGCCCGAGACUCUCUGACUUCUGGUUUUAUCUGGGAGGGGGAAGGGCGGGAGCGUGACCGCGUCCGGGGGACCCCGGUGCCCCCCGGACUCCCGUCCCCGCCCCGCCCGGCUGCGUCCGUCCUGCCGCCGUGCGGGCCCGGGCUAUGCGGCAGGGCCGGCUCCCCUCCAGAGCUCCAACAUGCCCGCAGAGUCCGGAAAGAGGUUCAAACCCAGCAAGUACGUCCCCGUGUCCGCGGCCGGCAUCUUCCUAGUGGGAGCCACGACCCUCUUCUUUGCCUUCACGUGCCCGGGGCUCAGCCUGUCCGUGUCUCCAGCGGUGCCCAUCUACAAUGCCGUCGUCUUCCUCUUCGUGCUGGCCAACUUCAGCAUGGCCACUUUCAUGGACCCGGGGAUCUUCCCCCGAGCGGAAGAGGAUGAGGACAAGGAGGACGAUUUUCGAGCUCCCCUCUACAAGACCGUGGAGAUCAAAGGCAUCCAGGUGCGCAUGAAAUGGUGCGCUACCUGCCGCUUCUACCGGCCCCCGCGCUGCUCCCACUGCAGCGUCUGCGAUAACUGCGUGGAGGAAUUCGACCACCACUGCCCCUGGGUGAACAACUGCAUCGGGCGCCGGAACUACCGCUACUUCUUCCUCUUCCUGCUGUCCCUCACGGCUCACAUCGUGGGGGUGUUCGGCUUCGGCCUCCUCUACGUCCUCUACCACGUGGAGGAGCUCUCCGGGGUCCGCACGGCCGUCACCAUGGCCGUGAUGUGCGUGGCCGGCUUGUUUUUCAUCCCCGUGGCCGGCCUGACGGGAUUCCACGUGGUGCUGGUGGCGAGGGGCCGCACGACCAACGAGCAGGUGACGGGUAAAUUCCGAGGGGGCGUGAAUCCCUUCACCAAUGGCUGCUGCAACAACGUCAGUCGGGUGCUGUGCAGCUCCCCGGCGCCCAGGUACCUGGGGCGGCCAAAGAAAGAGCAGACCGUCGUGGUGCGGCCGCCCUUCCUGCGGCCCGAGGUGUCGGACGGGCAGAUCGCCGUGAAGAUCAUGGACAACGGCAUCCAGGGGGAACUGAAGAGAAGCAAGUCCAAGGGGAGCCUGGACGUGACGGAGAGCCAGUCCGCCGACGCCGAGCCUCCGCCGCCCCCCAAGCCGGACCUGAGCCGCUACGCCGGCCUGCGCACGCACCUCAGCCUGGCCGCGGCGGAGGAAAGCAGCCUCCUGGGCAAGGACAGCCCCCCCACGCCCACCAUGUACAAGUAUCGGCCCGGCUACAGCAGCAGCAGCGCCUCGGCCGCCUUGCCGCACUCCACCAGCGCCAAGCUGAGCCGCGGAGACAGCCUGAAGGAGCCCACCUCCGUGGCCGACGGCGGCCGCCACCCGAGCUACCGCUCGGAGCCCAGCCUGGAGCCCGACGGCUUCCGCUCGCCCACCUUCGGCAAGGGCUUCCACGUGGACCCGCUGUCCAGCGGCUCGCGCUCGUCCAGCCUCAAGUCGGCCCAGGGGACGGGCUUCGAGCUGGGCCAGCUGCAGUCCAUCCGCUCGGAGGGCACCACCUCCACCUCGUACAAGAGCCUGGCCAACCAGACCCGCAACGGCAGCCUGUCCUACGACAGCCUGCUGACGCCCUCCGACAGCCCCGACCCGGAGGCGGGGCCGGCGGGCCCCGAGCCCGAGCCCGAGCCCCCGCUGGGCUACACCUCGCCUUUCCUGUCGGCCCGGCUGGCCCAGCAGCGGGAGGCGGAGCGGCGGCUGGGCCCGGCCGGCCCGCGCGACCCGUCGCCCGUGCGCUACGACAAUCUGUCGCGCCACAUCGUGGCCUCCCUGCAGGAGCGCGAGAGGCUGCUGCUGCGCCGCUCCCCGCCCCCGCCCGGCCGCGACGAGGAGCCGGCCCCGGCGGACUCGGGCGUCCGGUCCACCCCGGGCUCCGGCCACGCCCCCCGCACCAGCUCCUCCUCGGACGAUCCCAAGCGCUCCCCGCUGGGCAAGACCCCGCUGGGCCGGCCGGGCGUGCCCCGUUUCGGGAAGCCCGAGGGGCUGCGGGGCCGGGGCCUGGGGUCCCCGGAACCGUCCCCCGCCGCCCCGUUCCUGGGCCGAUCGGCGUCUCACGGCGGCCCGAAGGCCCCGCCCGGCGGCCCCGAGACGGAGGAGGUGGCCCUGCAGCCGUUGCUGGCGCCCAAAGACGAGCUGCAGCUGAAGACGGCCUACAGCAAGUCCAACGGGCAGCCCAAGAGCCUGGGCCCCGGCUCCCCGGGCCCCGGCCAGCAGACCCUCGGCAGCCCCACCCGCGGCGGAGUCAAGAAGGUGUCGGGCGUGGGCGGCACCACCUACGAGAUCUCCGUGUGAGCGCCGCCCCCGCCUCGGUGCCGCCGCCCACGGGGUCCCCCGGCCCCCUCGGCCCCCCCGGCCCCCGCCCCCCUGGCCGGGGCUCCCCUCCCCUGCAUGGACACCUCUUAAACCACAGCCCCCGAGCGGACGAGGAGCCCCUCGGAGGCGGCGCGGGGGCGGCGGGGAGCCUGCG